AUGCAUAUGCUUAUGCACACAAAAGAGAAAAAUCAUGUGUGUGAGGUAUGCAACAAAUCAUUUAUUCGAAAGAGUUGUUUAAGCAACCAUAUUCUUAUUCACACAGGAGAGAAAUCUCAUGCGUGUGAGUCAUUUACUCAAAGAAGUCAUUUAAAAAGCCAUAUACUUAUUCACACAGGAGAGGAACCUCAUGUGUGUGAAUUAUGUAACAAGUCAUUUGUUCGAAAGAGUCAUUUAAAUGGUCAUAUGCUUAAUCACACAGGGGAGAAACCUUAUGUGUGUGAGGUAUGUAAUAAGUCAUUUAGGCGCAAGGAUCAUUUAAAAAGCCACAUGCUUAUUCACACAGGAAAAAAACCUUAUCUCUGUGAGUUUAAACAACCAUAUACUUGUUCGCACAUGAGAUAA